AUUGAACAUUUCUUCAUCUUUUCCAUUAUUGCGUUUUCAAAAGUGUCACCUCAUAACAAAUCCUAUUGACUUUAAUAUUUGUUUAUUCCAAGUUUCAAUUAUAGAGGGCAUAUACAUACACUAUUAUAAAGGUCAUUCAUCCAUCACCAUUUUCUUGCCGUAUCAAGUCCGCUUUCAUUUGUUAUUUUUCAAGAAAGGAGAGGGUUUUUCAGGGUUGACCCUGUUGAGAACUGCUGUGAUUUUUCGCGUUGAUUGAAACCCAUAUAAAGCGGUUGAGGGGUAGCUGUGGUUUCAUUGCAUUGUGGGAUUUUGGAAUCUUGAGGUUUUUUGGGCAUUUUUAGCUUUGCUGUUGUUGUAAGAGAAUGGCUUGUGCUGUGGGUUGUGGCUCUGCAUCUGGUUCUUGGACUCAGUUUAAGGACUCUGCAUCAAGAAGAAAUGUGAGGAGUAGUGGUAAUAAUAAGAAGGGAUUCAGGGUUUCUUGUGUUUCUUCUGCUGCUGUGAGUGAUCCCUACAAGACUCUCAGGAUUCAGCGUGGUGCUUCUGAAUCUGAGGUUAAAAAGGCAUUUAGGCAGCUUGCUCUUCAGUAUCAUCCAGAUGUCUGCAGAGGUAGCAAUUGUGGCGUCCAGUUUCACCAAAUUAAUGAAGCAUAUGAUAAGCAAAGAAGGGCAAUGAGAACUAUUUGUAGUACCAGCUGCUCUGUUAGUUCUCAUCUGAUUGAAGUUGGGACCAAGUUGGUGAUUAGUCAUUCUAAUUCACUGAAACCUGUGGAAAUUCCAAAUCGGAUUUGGCUAGACAUAAAAUCAAUUAUACGGGGUGUGAUACACUACACCUCCUGUGAUUGAUGUACAGGAAAAGCGACUAAUCAUAAACUUGCUUUGUGAUUGGUUUGGAUUUGCCGAAUUUGGUUUGUAUUGGAAUUUUUCCUGAAAUCAGUUGAAAAAGUAGGAAGAGUACAACACAAUUAUGAUGCUGAUUUAGGCUUUUGUUUUAUGAGAUAAAAUGAAAGCAAGCAACCUUUGUUGAUAGGGUGAUGAUCAUCCUCUUUGUUAGCUUUGUUUGAUCUGGGGUUUUGGUGAGGAUAACGAGAAUCAAAAGCAUAACAGGGAUUAUUAACAUCAAAAUAGUAGAUUUGGCUAGAGUCGGUUUUGUUCUUGAAAAAAGACCCUCAUGGAGAAGGAGGCCGUGAGGCUUAAGAGUUACGCAAGCUCUUUGUUUGCAAUCAACGUGUUUUGGGCCAAAAGGCUGAUUUUAUCGAUUUACUAUGGUUGGAA